UUUCUCUCAAAUUAACUGAGAAAAUGAAUUUGAGUCAGAGAUUCCUGCAUACAACAGCAGUCUCCAAUUAUGCUUCUGGUUCAGGAGGUUUUAAUAGAGUAAUAACACAACUUGAGAAAAUUGUGAGAGAUGACUGUAAAUCUGGAAAGGUUGAUCAUGGGUUUUGUUUGCUGGGAGAAAUUAUAAAGAGAGGUUAUCAUCCUGAUACUGUCACUUUCAAUACCCUGAUUAAAGGGUUGUGUAUCAAGGGUGGGAUUGAACCUGCCUUUAAGUUGUUUGCUGAAAUGACUCAUACGGGUAUCCGGCCUGAUGCAUAUACAUGUAAUGCUCUUAUACACGGGCUUUGUAAAACCGGUGAAGUGGGUCUUGCUAUCCAGCUGAAAAUCAAGAUGGUGAAAUGGAACUGCAGACCUAAUGAUGUUUCGUAUUCUGUGAUUUUAGAUGCACUUUGCAAAGGAGAAUUAGUUGAUGAAGCUGUAAUUCUUUUCUCUGAAAUGCUUAGAGAUAUCAAUGUUGUACCCAACGUAGUUGUUUACACUUCCUUGAUCAGCGGACUUUGCAAUUCAGGCCGGUUUAGUGAAGGGAAAAGACUUUUUGACGAGAUGAUUAGUAGUGGAAUAUGUGCAAAUAUAAUGAUAGGCACAUUCUUGUGUCUUAUGUAA